AUGGAGAAAUAUCUCUUCAAUAAGCUCCCUGCUGAGCUACGGCUCCAAAUCUAUGAACUAGCCCUCGUCGACCAAAACUCGCCAAUCAUAAUCACCCCAGAAGAAAGAUACGAUCAAAUCGAGCCGUCGGCUGUGCGCAUGCGGAACCUUCCCUUUGCGUUGAUCAACACGUGCAAACAAAUCCGGUCCGAAGCCUUUCCAAUCUUCAUCUCUCAGAACAGAUUUCUCUUCGCACCGAACAACGCAUGGCGCCGAUAUGAGAAGCUUCCCAGCACCAACCGACUGUGGUUCAGCUACCUAGGAGAGUUCGUCGAAGACUUGAAGUCACUGGACGUGCAUCUCGGCACAUAUCGGUACGAAUGGAUCGAAUGGGAGGAUCUCGAAUGUGACGUGACAUGGGUCUUGAAGGGCAUCAGGGCCCUCUUCCGUCGCCACCCGAAGAUCAAACUUUCGAUCAAAAUGGCCUUCAAGUUCUCGUUCUCAGAGAGGUUCUUCAACGAUCUCUUAGACCGGACCUUCGAGGUGGAGCUCUACGCGACGACCCUCGCGCAGGCCAAGGCUUCGGUUCGUCAGCAAUGCGAGACGUACCAGCGGCGACUUCACGGGUUGUACAGGUACCCAUAUUGGGAUCGCGAGAUGUGGGAGACUGUUCGUGAAAUUGAGGCAUAUCUCGAGUUACUGGACGCGGACCCGACGUGGUCUUGGGGAGUCCAAACCGAGGCACCUCUUACGGCCACAGUCGAAGAGUGA